AGCCACAGGCCGUGAUCUUGGAACUGCGUGUCUCCCUUUGUCCUUUUAGUGUGUGUGAGUGUGUGACCAGUUACUUAAGACACCCGGUGUGUGAUUUUGUAUUAUAGAUCCAUAAUGUCUAAAGACGCAGAAAAAACGAGUGAGGAGAUUAUGGAGUCCAAAGUGUUAUGGUACCCGGACUCUAAAAAGAACACACACAUGGACCGGUUCAGGAAUCAGAUUAACCGAGACUACGGUCUUAAUCUGGCCAACUAUGACGACCUGUACCAGUGGUCUAUUGAAAAUUAUCCGGAGUUUUGGGCUGAGGUUUGGCGCUUCUGUGGAAUUGUGAGCUCGCGAAUGUACGAAGAGGUGAUUGACGUAUCCAAAAGGAUAUCAGACAUUCCCGAAUGGUUUAAAGGAAGCCGGCUGAACUACGCUGAGAAUCUCCUCAAACACAAAGAACAGGACAAAGUCGCUCUUUACGCUGCACGGGAAGCGAAUGAGGAGAUUGUGAAGGUGACGUUCGGGGAACUGAGGCGGGAGGUGGCGCUCUUCGCCGCGGCGAUGAGGAAGAUGGGCAUCAAGCCUGGAGACAGGGUCGUAGGUUACCUGCCUAAUGGGGUGCAUGCAGUAGAGGCCAUGUUGGCUGCAGCGAGUAUCGGAGCCAUUUGGAGUUCGACUUCACCAGACUUCGGUGUAAAUGGAGUUUUGGACCGGUUCUCUCAGAUUCAGCCCAAACUGAUCUUCUCUGUGGCUGCUGUCGUUUAUAACGGCAAACAGCACGAUCAUAUGGAAAAACUACAGAAUGUGGUAAAAGGUCUUCCUGACUUGAAGAAGGUUGUUGUCAUUCCUUACGUGCGUUCCAGAGAGGACACGGACUUAUCCAAGAUCCCAAACAGUGUGUUUCUGGAGGAUUUCUUGGCGACGGGGAAGGAGGGUGAUCAGGCUCCUCAGUUAGAGUUUGAGCAGCUGCCUUUUUCACACCCACUCUUCAUCAUGUACUCAUCGGGGACCACUGGCGCCCCCAAGUGUAUGGUCCACUCCGCAGGGGGUACCCUGAUCCAACACCUGAAAGAACAUGUUCUCCAUGGCAACAUGUCCAGCAGUGAUGUCAUCAUCUACUAUACGACGACUGGGUGGAUGAUGUGGAACUGGUUGGUGUCCUCACUAGCGGUUGGAGCCUCUGUGGUGCUGUAUGACGGAUCUCCACUCGUACCAUCACCCGACGUUCUCUGGGACCUGGUGGACCGACUCGGAAUCACCAUUUUCGGCACGGGUGCAAAGUGGCUGUCUGUUCUGGAGGAGAGGAACCUGAAGCCUGCUAACACACACAACCUCCAGACUCUACACACCAUCCUGUCCACGGGGUCCCCUCUGAAACCGCAGAGCUAUGAGUACGUUUACAGCUGUAUCAAGAGCAAUGUUCUCCUGGGUUCCAUCUCAGGUGGGACCGAUAUCGUCUCCUGUUUCAUGGGUCAGAACAUGACGGUGCCGGUGCAUCGCGGUGAGAUCCAGGCCCGGAAUCUCGGCAUGGCUGUGGAGGCCUGGAGCACAGACGGGAAGCCUGUCUGGGGGGAAAGUGGUGAGUUAGUGUGUUUAAAACCCAUCCCCUGCCAGCCCACACACUUCUGGAACGAUGAAAAUGGAACCAAAUAUCACAAAGCAUAUUUCUCCACCUUCACAGGUGUGUGGGCUCAUGGUGAUUACUGUAAGAUUAAUCCAAAGACUGGAGGAAUAGUGAUGCUGGGGAGAAGUGAUGGAACCCUGAAUCCUAAUGGCGUUCGCUUUGGCAGCUCAGAAAUCUACAACAUCGUGGAGGCGUUUGAGGAAGUGUCCGACAGCCUUUGCGUUCCCCAGUACAACAGUGACGGGGAGGAACGCGUGAUUUUGUUCCUGAAGAUGGCGCCCAAUCAGAAGUUCUGCCCGGAGCUGGUGUCACGGAUACGCAGCGCGAUCAGAGUGGCUCUGUCCGCACGCCAUGUUCCCGCCCUGCUGCUGGAGACCAAAGACAUACCGUACACCAUCAGUGGGAAGAAGGUGGAGGUGGCAGUGAAGCAGAUCAUCGCUGGACGUGAGGUGACCCAACGCGGCGCUUUCUCCAACCCUGACUCUCUUGACCUUUACCGGAAUAUUCCGGAACUCCAGAACUUCUGAAGAACCCAUCCAGGCUGGGUAACUGGGAUUACUGGGAGGCUGAACUCUAAUGUUUUAACUUUUUAAAUUGUUUUUUUUUCCUCUUCCGGAGCUCUCCUUGUUUUCUGGAAGUUGUGUAAUGGUGCAGCUUUAUGGAAUUUUAUUGGAAUUUCCAUCACGGAAGAGGGAUUAGCUGCUGAAUCUACUGGACAUUUGUACUGGUUCCUCUGGGAGAUACUGGUUCCGCUAGGUGAAACUGGUUUCAGAACUUCUGAAACAAAGCUAAUCAGCUGAAGGGCAUGGUCUUGACCUUUCUCUCUGAUUUAGUUUUCUAGUACUUAUCAUGAAUUUCUGACUUUUCUCUAACUUUACAUUUAAAUGAAAUAGUCUAUUCAUCUGAAAAAACAUACACACCUGUUACUAACUCUGUGUGUAUGUGUGUGCGUGUGUGUGUGUACGCGUGUGUAUGUGACCUCGUGGGCGUGACGUCACACAGUUCGGGGCUAUGUCUUCCAUGCGUCUGAUUGGCUCUCUGCUCUGUGUGUGGAGCAGUUGAGUUUGGAGCGGAGGGAUUAGAUGCUUCAUUACUUGCAUUAACAGAGAGUUGGACCUCUCAGGUUCCAGAGGACUGACACUGGUCUUAGUGGACCCGAUGGAUUCUGUUAAACACUGUGCUGUCGUACUGGGACAGAUAUGUGAUCCUACAUCUGUUUUCUUCUUCCUCUUCCUCUUCUUCUUCUUUAGAGCAAAACAGUCAUUUUCUCACAAAGUAGAGAAAGAGAGUGACCGAGAUCUUGGACUGUCUUAGAUUUUUGUAUAAAUAAAGUUAAUCUAAUAAAUUACACCCUGGAUGACUGUUAAUGGCGUAGAAACAAGCGUGCAUUCGGACACACACACACACACACUCACACACACACACACACACACACACACACACACACACACACACACACAAUAAGAGUGAAAUAAGUUGAACUGACUGUGACUGACUUCAUAGUUCUCUUGGUUGUUAUCUAGGCGUCGUAUUGCUUGAGACAGGCUUGAAUUAGCCUCUCAAAGAAAGUGUCGUGUACAGUUUUAUUCAUAUAUUUACCUAAUUUACUUACACAACAAAAACAACCAAUCAGGACACUGGUAAUGCUGUAACUACAGUGUGUUGGAUGAUUUUGACAGCACUUAACCAGUGCACUUCAUCAUCAAACAGGUUAAACAGCUAAAAUAUCCUCACUAAACUUCCUCUGUUGUAUAUACAUCUCUCUCUCUGAUCUCUAAAACACUCGUCAUCUUCUCGCCGACGCGUUUUAACGGUACGCUACCGAAGAAUUCCAGUUUGUUCGUUUUUUUCCCUGUUCUCUCGGUACAUUACUUGAUGCGUGAAGUUGACAUGUAAAUUUUAGCUUGCUACAGUUGUUGCCAGGUUCGUUCGGCGAGCGUCACAGUCACUUUGACUUCGAGUCACGUCGUUGCCAUGGUUUCGGGCUGCCAGGCCUCAUUGGUGCUGCUUGACCUCUCAGACAGAGGGCUGGUCAUUUGAUGGAAAGGGAAGAUUUUCUGAGUGUUGGGUUAAGAGGGAACCAGAGAGGGGAGAAUAUAUGUCUCUCCUUCUCUCCCUCUCUCACUCUCUUUCUCUCCCUCUCUCUUUCACUCUCUCUCUCUCUCUCUCUCUCUUC